CCUUGACCUUGGUCCUUUGAAUGAAGUUCCACAUAGAUAACCUUCCUAUCAUCUUCCCUUAUGAUCGAAUAUACCCUGAGCAAUAUGCGUAUAUGUGCGAUCUCAAGCGUACUCUCGAUGCAACAGGUCAUUGCGUGCUCGAGAUGCCGUCCGGAACUGGCAAGACGGUGUCGCUGUUGUCGUUGAUUGUCUCAUACCAACAAUUCUAUCCCACCAAACGCAAACUAAUAUACUGCUCGCGAACCGUGCCUGAAAUCGAGAAAGCCCUGUCCGAGCUCAAACGUCUGAUGGAGUAUCGCAUCGAAUGUGCCGAAACGGAAGAGGAGAAGGAGAAGGAAAGAAACUUCUCUGGACUCGGCUUGACGAGUCGGAAGAACCUAUGCAUACAUCCUGAGGUUUCAAAAGAGAAGAAAGGAAAGGUUGUCGAUGCACGGUGCAGAGACCUGACGAACUCUGCGGUAUGCGAGAGGGGUCGUGCUGAACCUGGGUCCGUGGAGCUCUGCACCUUCCACGAGAAACUUAGUGAAAGGGAACCAGGAAACCUCAUACCGCCCGGUAUCUGGACACUUGCGGACGUUCUCCAGUACGGCCGAGACCAGGGGACAUGUCCGUACUUCACCGUUCGGCGUAUGAUGCCUUUCGUCGAUGUCAUCAUCUACUCGUUCCAUUAUCUCUUGGACCCCAAAGUUGCUGAGCAGGUGUCCAAAGAGCUCUCGAAGGAUGCAAUUGUCGUGUUUGACGAGGCCCACAAUAUCGACAACGUAUGCAUCGAAUCGCUGAGCAUUGAUCUGACACGGCCUAUGCUGGACUCCGCCUCAAGGAGUGUGAUCCGGUUAGGAGAGAAGAUAGAAGAAAUCAAGAAGACGGAUGCCUCCAAGCUCCAGGAUGAGUACGCGAAGCUGGUGGAGGGUUUGCAGGAAACAACGGACGAGCAGUCAGAUGAGGACGCAUUUGUUACCAGUCCAGUAUUGCCCGACGAUCUUCUCAAAGAGGCUAUACCGGGAAACAUCCGGAAAGCGGAGCAUUUUGUUGCAUUCCUGAAGCGCUUCGUGGAGUACCUGAAGACGCGCAUGCGUGUCCUUCACGUUGUGGCCGAAACACCCCUAUCAUUCUUGCAGCACCUGAAGGACAUAACCUACAUCGAGAGACGUCCAUUGAGAUUCUGCGCGGAACGCCUCCAAUCUUUAGUUCGCACUCUCGAGCUAACCCGGAUCGACGAGUACUCAAGCCUGCAGAAAGUUGCCAGCUUCGCGACCCUAGUCUCGACGUACGAAAAAGGCUUCCUACUGAUCUUAGAGCCAUUUGAGACUGAUAACGCAACCGUGCCGAACCCUAUGUUCCAUCUAACAUGUCUGGACCCUGCGAUAGCGAUCAAGCCUGUGUUUGAACGAUUCAGCAGUGUCAUCAUCACUUCUGGAACCAUCUCGCCGCUGGACAUGUACCCAAAGAUGCUGCAGUUCACACCCGUGGUACAGGAGACGUACCCCAUGACUCUGACGCGCAACGCGUUCCUUCCGUUGGUCAUCACUCGCGGAAGCGACCAGGUGGCCGUGAGUUCGCGGUUCGAAGUCAGGAAUGACCCCGCAGUCGUCCGGAACUUCGGCAGUAUUCUGGUCGAGUACAGCAAGAUUGUGCCCGACGGCAUCGUCGCCUUCUUCCCCAGUUAUCUGUACAUGGAGUCGAUCGUGGCUGCGUGGAAUGACAUGGGAAUUCUCAACGAGGUCUGGAAGAAUAAGCUGAUAUUCGUCGAGACGCCGGACGCGAACGAAACGAGCAUCGCUCUCGAGAACUAUCGAAGGGCUUGUGAUAACGGACGGGGAGCCGUCCUUCUUUCUGUUGCGCGUGGAAAGGUUUCCGAGGGCAUUGAUUUCGACCAUAACUAUGGUCGAGCCGUCAUCAUGUUCGGGGUACCGUACCAAUACACAGAAAGCAGGAUCCUCAAAGCAAGGCUCGAGUACCUUCGGGACGCUUACCGCAUCCGCGAGUCCGAAUUCCUCGGAUUUGAUGCCAUGCGAAACGCGGCACAAUGUGUCGGGCGUGUCCUGCGUGGUAAAACGGACUGGGGGCUCAUGAUCUUCGCGGAUAAGCGGUUCGCUCGGGCCGACAAGAGGGCGAAGCUGCCGAAGUGGAUAAACCAGUACAUAACAGAGACGGCGUCGAAUCUAUCCACAGACAUGGCGUUGACGUUAUCGAAACUGUUCAUGAGGACGAUUUCACAGAACCCGAAUGAAAACCAGACAGGCAUUUCUUUGUGGACCCUUGAGGACAUCGAAAAAGCACAGGCGAGACAAAAGGAGUUGGCGCUCGAAGCCGAGCAUCAGCGACAAGACGCUAUGGACGAGGACGACCCAUAUGGUGAUGGCGGUAUUGACGAUAAUAUGCUGCUCGGUCAGGACGACUUGGAGAUGUAGGCUUCAAAUAAAUAUUCCCAGUGUAAAGUAUAUUGUUGUUACAGCGUAAUAAUAAUCUAUGCGCAGCGACUGCACGGAGCAGGAUCUUGCCGAUCUACGAUUCUUUCUGGUUGCGAGAACCACCGCUUACACCUGCAAGUGUUCCCUGUUCUUUGCUCGCAGUCCGACGGGUGUGCAGAGCUGAGGUAGCAGCCCGAGUCGCCGCAGUCGAUACUUUGCUGUCGAGUGAACGUGAGAUGCCCACAGGCCGUGGAUUUGAUGAAGAAGAGCCGUCGAUAACACAUCUGGUCGUCGGCGGAGAAAGGAGACGGCGGUGCGACGACCGAAGAAGUCCUAUAAGUCGGGGAUGAUUUGCGUCGUAUAAACGUUAUUCCCGCUCUCGUCCGUAAGUCAAUCAAUCCUGGAGGCGCGUCUGGGACGAUCCACAGCGAAGACCGGCGGGUCGAUCGUUAAACCCGUCACGGCGUCAAGAGGAGGCAGGAGACGGUAUCGCUGGCCCAUUUGAGCAUUGGUCUGACCCUUAUAAAUUGGUAAGUCGCGAAAAGGAAAUCGGAUCGGGCCAACGAUGGCCU